AUGUCGAUCAUGUCCGCUUUUAAACCGAUUGAGGAUAUCAAUGAUAAUUUGGAAGUGCAAGAUUUAGGAAACUUGACAGUGGAUGACCAUAACAAGAAAACAGGUGAAAAUCUGAAGUUCGUGCGUGUGGUGAAUGGUUUAGCUGCAUCAUUUUCUGACCCAAUAUCUCCUCUUGGAGGGGUACUAUAUGAGCUUGUGUUGGAGGCUAUAACCACCAGCAAAAUCAAUUGGACAUAUAAGGCCAGGGUGUCGAAAUCUAAGGCUAUCACCCCACCCUUUCACAUGUUGUAUAGCUUCCAAUCUUUUAAACCUGUUCUCGAGUACGAGCACCAACACUAA